AUGUCAGCUGCCAAAAGACCUUUCCCCAAGGAUCAGUUUCUGUGCUCCAUCUGUCUGGAUGUGUUCACUGAUCCUGUCACCACACCAUGUGGACACAACUUUUGCAAAAACUGCAUCACUCAACACUGGGAUAGUGAAGCCCAUCGUGAGUGUCCCGACUGUAAUAAACGUUUCAAGAGAAGACCUGAGCUGCAGGUCAAUAGUUUAAUCUCUGAGAUGGCUUCUCGCAUUAAAAAGUCAACUCAACAGAGAGCAGAACUGGGUGACACAGAGGCUGAACUUCAGCAGAUGAUCCAGCAGAGACAACUGAAGAUUGUAGAGUUCAAACAAUCUGUCAAGGUCAGCAGGGAAAAUGCAGGCAGGGAAAAAGCACGAGGUGAUCAGGUGCUGACUAGGCUGAGACGUGCUAUUAAGAAAAGGCGGACUGAAGCCGUUAACGUGAUUCAAUUGAAGCACAAACUAAUAGAGAAACAAGCUAAAGGCUUCAUCAAAGAGCUGGAACAAGAAAUCUCUCAGCUGAAGAAGAAAAGUGCUGAGCUGAAGCAGCUCUCACUCUCUGAAGACCACCUCCUCCUCCUCCGAAACCUCCAGGCCCUGAAAGCUGCUCCACCCACCAAGGACUGGACAGAGGUCAGAGUCCGUUCUCCAUCAUAUGAGGGAAAUAUGAGGUCGGCUCUUGCUCCAUUGGUGGAGAUGCUCUUAACUGAAUUGAAUAAACUGCUGCCAAACAUUGCACUCAGAACUGCCCAGCAGUCUGCAGUGGAUGUGACUCUUGAUCCUGAUACAGCAAAUCCAACACUCAUCCUGUCUGCAGAUGGUAAACAGGUACAUCAUGCUGAUGUCAAGAAGAAGCUCCCAGAUAACCCAAAGAGGUUUUCUCGUGAUCUGUGCGUGGUAGGGAAGCAGGUCAUUUCUGCAGGAAGAUUUUACUUUGAGGUUCAGGUUAAGGGGAAGACUUGCUGGGUUAUAGGAGUUGCCAAUGAGUUGAUCAAUAGGAAGGGGCCACUCAAUAUUGAUCCUCAGAAUGGUUACUGGACUCUUGGUUUGAGGAAAGAAAAUGAGUACUACGCUACUGCAGGCCGUCUGGAUUUAAAGUCACAGCCUGAGAAGGUGGGGGUGUUUGUGGAUUAUGAGGAGGGUCUGGUCUUGUUUUAUGAUGUGGAUGCUGCCAGUCUUAUCCAUGCCUUGACUGACUGCUGCUUCACUGAGAGACUCCUCCCAUUCUUAUACCCCGCCCCCAAUAAGAGUGGCAAAAACUCCGCCCCUCUGAUCAUCCGUCCUGUCAAACACAGGGUAAAAUAACUAUCGAGAAAAAGACAGAUCUCCACAUUUAGUAAUAACGUAAUGAGCACCGGCGUUUUGUUCAGAUUCUAUUUAAUGUGGAUUUUUGCAUCUUGAUUAUAUCCAACUCCACCCUGCAACUUACUGCUGUAGCACAAUCAUUUAGUUGAUCUUGUUUAAUGUAGUUUAAUUAAGUUUCAGACUGUCUGUAAAUACCAAACAAGCAGUCCAGUAGUCACAGGCCCAACCUGAAGAAAUGUUCUCAAUGGCAAUCUUUUGCAGGAAACAUUUCUGUCUUAGUUGUGAUCUCUCUAUGACAAUAUAAUAAUUAAUAAAAAUAGACAGAUUGACCACAUACAUUAAAAUUAUUGUUAGAAUUUAUACACUUAUUAGAAACGGCUGUUUCCCUUUUGUUCCUGACUCUCCUCAAAUAUUGACCCGUCACAAGCUUUAACACUCUGCAGCCUAUCAGCACUCACUGAGACCAUGGUGUAAAUCCAAAAAUGCAAUACCUUGUAUGUUAGGUUAAAUAGUCUCCAAAUAUCUCUCAGUGCACAUGGACAGCUUCAGAACUUCCCUAAUACUUUUUUCAUAUACCACAAAUACGUCACAGUUAUUAACCUGAGGAACAGAGCUGGAACAAGAGGCGGAGCAACAUAGGAAAAUCAGGUGAGAUCCAACAUCAGAUACCCACCCCACCCCC